AUGCAGCGCUAUAGAGAAGACGCCUCUGAUGAGAGCCAUGAUGAGGAAGACAUUCCUCUACACUACAAGCGGGCGUUCGGCGCAGGACUGAAGCGACAAAGGGUCGAAUUUGUUCCCGCCCAAGAUCCUGAUGCUGGAACUACAACCACAAUAACACCAGCCAAGUCAACAGACACUUCCAUCGGCGACUUGUAUGCUAGCAUCGUUUUAAAACCCGCCAAAGACAAAGAUACCAAACCGUCAGAAGAAGAGCCAGAAGAAAUAUGUUCAGACUGCAAACUCCCCAUCUCAUCCACUUCACAGCCUCACGAAGCAUCCUUCGCCCACCAAGUCUCACUCACACAUUCACACCCCCCAUCAGCCCUUGAUCGCUCGCGCAUGGGACUCAAAGCCCUAAAGUCUCAAGGCUGGGACCCUGAUGCCCGACGAGGUCUAGGAAGAGAGGGCGAGGGAAUGCGAUAUCCUAUCAAAGUGGUGGCAAAAGAAGAUACCCUCGGAAUCGGAGCAAGUAUACCGAAAGAGAUCCAAGAAAAGAAAAAGGAAGAGAAGUCCAGGCCAUUAAACAGAAAGGAAGCGAAGCAGCUGGCGGCCAAGGAACGACAACGGCAUGAGAGACUCCAGGGUGAGAUUUAUGGGAGAGUUGACGUGGAAAGCUAUCUGAGAGGGAAAGGCGCCGAUGGUUGA